UGCAACAAACAACUGAAACUACACAUUGUACUUCAUAGGAUUUGGAUUUAUCUUUAGAGCUCCACACUUUUUCUUUAGAGUAGUAGUUCCUUCCAAUUUGUUUCUAUAAAUAUUUCUUAGGAGGACACUGCGAAAUGUUUCUAUAUUUGGUAAAUAAUAGAACAACCACCUACUUAUUUGCACUUUAAAUUGAUCUUUAUUAAGUUGCAUUUUUGUACCUUCUGAAUUGAAAACAUCAAGCUAAGACAUAGCGACAGACUGUGAUGAAAAUAACGAACAGGAUGAAGCAUCCGCUUUCGAUCACUGCGUCAAAGAGAACUCUGCUGUUCCUCGUCCUCCUAGGACUCGAUGGAUCAGGUGUCCUUAGAGUGUCUGCAUUGACCUCUGGAAACCCGUGUCAGCCAUGUCAGAGAUUUUUGGCCUAUUGCUGUCCAGACCAGUAUGCCAGAGGACGGCCUGCGCGUCAAGUUUUUCUCACGGGAGCAGUGGAAAUUAUGAAAGGAUGAGUCAAUUGAGCCAAUGCAUGUUGAAGAGAUAUUAAUGAAGAGAGAAUUAGUAGAGUGGUCUUCUGUAUUUAGUUUUAGAUAACAUGGAUGUGAGGAUGAGUCAGCGUUGAGACCACAUUCAGAUCUACAUCAUUAUAAUCGGUUUCUAUCAACAUGAUGCUAGUUUUGAUUGAUUCUUCUAUCUUUUUCGACUGAUGGUACAGAUCGGAACCUGAAUCAUAGCAAUCUCUCUAACUACACUGUACGUGAGUUGAUUCAACACGUCGUUCUCUGUCCUUAUUUGACUACGUUCUUCUAAUACUAGCUCCGACGAUACUCAAGAGAUUGAGAAUAUUCAGAUAGAUGAUCCCGCAGACGAACUCCCGAUUGGUAGGUGGCGUUCUGGUGCACCGGUUCGAUCUGCAGCUGGAGGCGCUGUUUCUAGUGCAGGCGCAGGCCUUGGACAAUUACCAAGAGGAACUACGGCGCCUAACGUGGUCCCUCCGGAAGUGACGACGCCUGAUAAUUAUGCGUCUGACUUUCCUCCAGAGGUUACGACGCUAGAUGAUGUAGAUGGUGGUGUGCUAGAGACGCUUCCACCCUCAAGCGAAGAUGGCGAGGGUUUUGAGACGCUUCCACCCUCAAGAGAUGAAGAGUCAUUUGAGGAUGCAGCAACAAGUACAGAAAUGACCAGUAGUGCAAAACUUCGUGCGCAUUUACCGCUAGUGAGUUCGAGGACUAUUUUUUGGGAUGAUGAUCCUGCUGACAACGCCGCAUUCGACGUCGAGAACAGCACUGACACUGGAGUCGGCGCCACGGGGGUUGAUGAACUCGAUGCUCGACGUGCGACUGGUAGUGCCUGUUGCUAUGGAGCUGGAGAAGGUGGUUCGGAUGUACCUCUUACUCCCUCUCCGCAAGGUUUAUCGUCGGAACAAGCUGCCGUAGUUGGAGACUCAUCUUUUUCUCACCGUCACCCUGCAGGUGGAGGUAACUCCUCUUCUUCUUGUCACAGUCCUGCUGUAGUUGGAGACUCAUCUUCUUCUCAACAUGGAGCUGAAGGCGAGCAAGUCCGAGACGUGAUCGCUGAAGAAGUAAUAUUUACGGCCCCAUCCGGUCUUGUCUUUGAAGCAAGGUUGAUUCAGUCACCACAUGCAGAUGGGAAAGUUAUGACUUUUAUUCUACUGUGGAUUUUGAGACCACAGAGAUCAGUAAUUAUAGGAAAAUCUUCAUUUUCAUGUGAGUUCGCAUUCGAGGAUCAUUCAAAAGUGUUCAUAUUAUAUUCGUACAAGGGCAUUCAUCAUCAUCUGGCGUUUUGUUGAGUUAGUUUCUACUGAAGUUGAAGAGCGAGCUUCUAAGAGAGCUGCAGCAUCGAGCAAUGAUGGGGCAGACUCAUCGUUGACUGCGUCACCGGUACCGAGUGCGUCAGUAGAGGAGUAUCCGAGUCAAGGUUCCAUGGCUGACGUCUCUACGGAGGUCGUCUUGAACAAUGGCAGUAUUAAGGAUGGGUUAAUAAAGGUGUGUCUCUUACUAGUGUUCGUUUUGCCUUUCUGAAGGGGGAAAGACAUGACGAACGGGAUAGACGAACACAAACAGCCUACCGCUAAUACUAGUCAGCCAACAAGGCCAACAAGUUUCGUAUCAACAGCUACCAGGGAGGAGAAACAAGAACAAGGGCACGAACGAGCAAGAACGGGGGAUAAAAAGAACCGAGAGCAGCGCCAGGAAGUAGGGAAGAAAGAACAGGAAGGACAAGCGUCUUUGUCUAAUCCUAGUCCUUCUUCAAAGCUCGGAAGUGGCGUGCCCGUCCUGGCAGAACAUUACCUCGCCGAACGCGAAGCAGAAGAUCAGGAAUUGGUAGCCGAAAUAGAAGUAGAGAAUGGACCAUUAGAAGGAGUAGCGGAGGAUAGACCGCUAGAAGAAGACGGUGCUGAUGACUACGGCGUUCGCACAGCGCGUGUCGAUGAUAUGAUGCCACCCGUUGUAGACCCCGUUAUAGACGACCGCGUGGAUUGUAGUACAGAUCACAUGGCCGUUGACGAGGCUCAGAUAGAUGAACCUCUCGCAGCUGGAAUGCCGAUGGGCGAUCAAGACCAGCACGUGGAAGAAGUACCGGUUGUCCGUCCAGAGAUUGCUGCACCACGCCUAGCUGCAGAAGGACGAUUUCACCACCAGGCUGAAAAAGGACCAAGAACACCAUCAGCAGAGGAAGCUGUGGUAGGAGCUGGGCUAGUAGCUGAGGAAGCUGCGCUAGUAGCUGAGGAAGCUGAGCUAGUAGCUGAGGAAGCUGCGCUAGUAGAUGAGGCUGAGAAUGCUGAGGCUGAGAAUGCUCAGCCAUUAGCUGAAGCAGAAGCACCACCUCAACAAGCUGAGCCAUUAGCUGAAGCAGAGGACGAAGCUGAGCCACUACAUCAAGUACCUGAGCAUCCUCUUCUCGGUAUAAUUCCCGCAAUCAAUCGAGACACUGCAGGCACCAGCGAAAUCAGAGGUGACCUCUCUUCGUCAGAAGACUCAUCUUUAAGGCUGCCUCUUAGGAUCCCCAGCACCAUCCCCUGCUCUUUCCUCGAUCUACACUACUUUCUUUCCGGCAGUUGAAAGGCGAACGCGCUUGCAAGGGGUUACAACAAAAAAGCUCGGAAAUACUCAGAUAAAUAGUAGCACCUUCUUGAGUUGAGUCGUCCUGCCGGGCGUAGUUAGCUUAGAUAUGUUUAAGAUUGAGACGUUGGGGAAUGUGAUGCUGUGUCAGUAAGGCUGCCUCUUAGGAUCCUCAGGACCAUCCCUUGCUCUUUUUGUACUUGAAAUAGAAGCCAUCGAAAUACUGUCAGACCAUGCCUCUACGGCCAUCAUGAACGAUGGGAACAGAGACACCAGCGUGCAUGCUCUCAGGGAAGACGUUACCGCGGUAGCUCUAACAUCUGCAGGCCGCAACGCGCAAGGGCGUGGGAGUGGCGCAUCAGCCGGAACAGUGGGUGUUAGUGGCGACCAACCAGUCUUUGGACCUGAGUAUAACAGACCAGUUCACCAACCUGAAGUGGCGACGAUUUAUGACAAGGAAAAUACGUCUUAGCGGAAGUUAUAUGAUAGACCAGUGUGAAAUCUUAGGCAGACUGCCAAAUAGAUUCACAUCAUCAUAUCACAGACGAGUACACUGAAGUGGCGAAGAUUUAUGAAGAAGAAGACCGCAUGUGCCAAGUAGAAGAAGAUGGUUUCGAUAUCAUUUUGAUGUUCUUCUUGCAUGUGAUUAGUUCUCUUCAGUGUGUCCUCACGCCUGUCGCACUCGAUUGUUCUUGAGAAGUGUACCGAUAAUUGAACCAGCGAUCCAAAUAAAAAAUCCUAUAUGAACCCCGAUGAUAUCUUUUUCUAUAUUUUUUUCCUUUACGUUCCUUCUACUAGAACAGUCGGCACUCAUCCACUCCCUCUGUUUCAUACGUUCUACCAGAAUAGCGCAGACGGUCUUGAGCAACAGUUUCAGCAAUUGGCCAUUGUGACAGCCACAACUACAAUUCCGAAUUAUGCAGCUGGACCCGCUUCUGUUAAGGGUCAAAACAAUUCAUCUCCCACACUCGUUUUCCUCUGUUAUUUCCUCCUGGGUAUUCCGCAGAAAUGAACCCAAGAAGUGAAUGGCUUUAACCUCUAACUCGGGCGCUUCGAUGGGACACAGCGAGGAAGGUGGCGAACUUGGAGCCCCGGGUCCACGUAAACGAGAGGAUGGGCAGAACGCUUUACAGCAGAGUAUGUCAUCGACGUCUGGAGAUCAGCAGACCACUAUGGCAACCUCGAAGAUAGAGCAGCAGUCUGCGUCGUCAACAUCUGGAGAUCGUAGAGUCCCUAGUAGUGUUGCGGAGGCGCAGGAAGAUGGAAAGCCUGGACGUCCUAAACGUCAGGGUAGGAACCGCAAUAAACGAAAAAGCAACAGCUCCGGAGCGAAUCAAGGGGAAGAGCAUACAUCUUCACGACAAGUCUCUGCUUUUAUGAAGGACAAUUUGAAUUUUAAUGGCAGUGUUUCUUUCCUUUGUAAAGAUAUAACCGUAUUAAGAUCUGCAACAGUGCAUAGCAUCUAAUAAAGCGGGAAGCGACAGGAGAGGUGGUGGCCAUAGCUAGAGAGGAAGCGGAAUGCUGUGAUGACUCCCGAAUUGAGUCCCUCAGAUUUUCUAGUACUAAAAUUAUAAUUUGACCUUUCAUCUAUAUCUAAAGAAGUCAGAGAUUUUGAGAUUGUGGAGAUUGACUAUCUAUUCCAUACUUUUUGUCCUAAAUUUAGAGUAUCGUAGCACAAUAAAGUUGUGUUGGGUGAUGUCGUUCAUUUUGUAAUCAAUAAAGUUGCGUUGGGUGAUUCACAGUCAUAUCAUCAAGGUAUCGCUUAUAGUAUCGCUUCACCGACGAUGACGCAUAAUCAUAUUUAGAGACAGAAUUGGUGAUCAGAUGAUGAUGAUGAUGAUGAUUUCUGCCAGAAAAAGGGAAAGGGUCGUCACAAAAUCGAUUAUAGGAUUCGUGUAUGCGUUGAAGCGUGAUGGCAAGCUAAUGAAGGAUCAUUAAGAUAGUGACUAAGAAAUUUUGGGUACCAACUGAAGACACCUUGAAACUACGUUAUGACUGAUCGAGGAGAAGCAUGAGUCACAGCCCAAGAGUUAAAGACAACGCAGCAUCAUGAAGCCCUAUCAAGGGGUCGCCGUACUCUGAAGAU